AUGUACUGCCCAUCACCAGUAGAGGUUGAUGUGAAGACUGCCAAAGUAGUGGUGCAUAGUGUUCGACCCCACACGCUACCUGACCACCCUGGUGGCACGGCCACCGUUUUGGACUCCCCCGGCCUUAGAGGGAACAAGCCUGAUUUGGCAGUUGAUGCUUGGGGAACUAUUGAUGUAUUAGUAAAUAAUGCAGGAAUCACUAGGGACUACUUAAUGAUGAGAAUGAAGAAAUCCCAGUGGCAGGAUGUCAUUGAUUUGAAUCUUACUGGUCCAGAGGUGUCACUCACGCCGGAAAAGUCACUGGAGUUUGCUGCCAGCACCGGAAAAGUCAUCGGAGUAGCUGUUGGUGCCGAAAAAGUCGACGGAGUUGCCGUCGGCGCUGAAAAAAUCGUCGGAAUUAGCAUUGUCGCUAGAAAAAUCACAGGAAAAAUCACCAAGAAACUGAUUUCUUUCUUGGUGACUUUUUUUGUAAUUUUACCAGCGACAAUGUCAAUUCUGACAACUAUUAUGAAGUUUUCUGUCGGUGCCGAAAAAGUCGUCAGAGUAGUUGUCGAUGUCGGAAAAGUGGUCGGAGUUACUGCUGGCGUCGAAAAAGUCGUUAGAAUUAGAAUUGUCGCCAGAAAAAUCACCAAGAAAGCAUUUCUUCAUCAAGAAAUCGAUUUCUUCGCCAAGAAAGUAGUUUCUUCAUCAAGGAAUUAG